AUGAAUCAAACAUAAUCUUCAAUUCGCUAACUUAUUGAAUAUAAAAAAGAUUAAUAUAGAGAUACACUAAGAAAAAAUGAUUUGAAACAAAUAUUUGAAGAGAAAAGAGCUUAAUUUCAAUAAAACUCAUAAGACAGAAUUAUUUAAUCUAAUUCUAUAACAAAAAAUGUAAUAAUAAAACAUUAUCAAAUUGAAUCAGAAAUUGAUUAAAAAGAAGAUUUAUUGAUUAGGCUAACAAAAUUAAAGAGUUAAAAGAAUUUAACAUGCAACUACUUACAUUAAAUAAUUGAAUAUCUUGGAAAAAAACACUCUCUUUAUUAAAUAUCAAGAAUAUUUAAUUUUUGUGAAAAAGCACUUUUGUAAAAGGAAUUAAUUAAUUCAUCUAUGGUGCAUUUGUUACUAGAAAUCAUUUUUAAGAUAAUUUAAUAUAAAAAUGAAAUUCCUUUUAAAGUAUUUAUUCUAUUAAGAUAUUUUAGCCAAUACCAUUCUUAUUGAAUGUUUUUAUUCUACAUUAAGAUUAUGUAAUAUUAUAAUACAUUUAAAUGUAUUUAUAAUAGAAUGAAUAAGAGAAAAUUGAGAUUGAUAAUUUUUUAAAAUCUAAAAAUCAUAAUGAAGAAUAAAAUAUAUUAAAUGUUAUAAGCAGCAAUAAAAAAUAUGUAAGAAAUAUUUAAAUUUUUAGGCAAACUUUGAAAUGAUGUUAUUUUUAUGUAAAAUAAUUAAUAAUUCUAAUUUUUUUUAAGCAAUACAUUAUUAUGGAGCUUAAAAGCUUUGUGAAGAGAAUAUAGAUAAAAAAGAAUAUAAGAAAACUAUCUAAUAAAUAUUUAAAAUAACUGGAUGGCAGUCUGAAAAAAAUGAUUUUGGUUUUUGA